AUGACAAUCAACAAGCAUCUCCAGCAUUUCGACACGCAGACUGUUCGAAAGCAGUUUCCAGGCCUUGAGAAAGGCGCCGUGUGCUUAAACAAUGGAUCAGGUGCUCUGGUUUAUAAAGGUGCAAUCGAAAGUAUCGCUCGGACUAUGUCCGCUCCCCACAUGAACCUCCGUGGGCUCGACUCGAAAAGUAUGGUUGAUGUGAAGGAACGGAGGGCACAAUAUGCGAAGCUAGCUUCAUUCAUGAAUGCGGACCCAGAUGAAAUUGGUAAAAGUCGACCCACACGUGGACCUAUCCUCGCCAGUUUGUCUAGAGCGAAGGCUCUAUUGAUAAAAAUUUACAAUGCUUUUGCUAACUUCUGUCCUGUGGUGAAUCAAGCCUUCGGCCCCUCUACAACAGGAAUGCUACGGACACUCACCAACUCCCUUCGACCAAACAUGAACACCGACUCGGAAAUGAUAGUUUCGGUCCUUUGUCACGAAGCUGGAAAUACUGCCUGGGUUGCUUUGGCGCAGAGCCUUGGUAUCUCCAUCAAGUGGUGGGCUCCAGAGGGUGGCAUAGGAAACAACAGAGAUCCCAAGCUCUCCCUGGACACACUGCGACCCCUCCUAUCCUCCAAGACAAGGCUUGUCUGCUGCGGGCACGUGUCCAACAUUACCGGGACUAUCGAGCCCAUCAAGGAGAUUGCAAAACUGGUUCAUACAAUCCCCGAGGCUCUAAUCUGCGUGGAUGGGGUGGCCUGGGCUCCACAUCGCCCGAUCGACGUGAAGGAUCUAGACGUGGACUUUUAUGUCUUUAGCUGGUACAAGGUUUUUGGCCCUCAUAUUGCACAACUAUACGCUCGACGAAGGGUUCAAAAGCGAUAUCUGACCAGUCUGAACCACUACUUUUUUGACCCAACAGCUCUGCAUGUAAGGUUAGGACUUGGCAACAGCUGCAUCGAGCUGGAGCAUGCUGUGACGCCCAUCAUCACCCACCUCGUCGACAAUGUGGGUUGGGACGCUAUCAUCGCCCAUGAAGAGCUGAUUACGGCACAGAUAUUGGACUAUCUGACCGCCAAUGAUGAUCUAUAUACAGUUUAUGGAUGUGAAACGGCGGACGCGAAAGCUCGGGUUUCUUUGAUUAGCUUUUCGGUGAAUGGACUGGCGUCUGACAAGGUUGCAGAGGUCAUUCAUGAAACAUCAAACUUCCGAAUCAUAACGGGCGAUUGUUGGUCUCCUCGUACUGUUCAUGAUGUUAUCGGGUUGCCUGAAUAUGGCAUCCUUCGGACAAGCUUAGUACAUUACAACACCGUUGAGGAGAUGAGGGCAUUUACUCAAAAGUUGGAUCAGGUGGUGCGUUCUCUAAAGUGUGAGACCUUGUCCUCGUGA